CUCGACCACCACACACGAACAGCUUCCCACGGCCGCCGCACCGCACCGCACCACCUUCACCACACGCACACUCUCCACCAUGGGCGAACGACAGGGCGAGGUCAUCUCUGUCACCGAGGGCCCCGAGCUGGGCGAGACCGGCAGGCCGCAGGUGCCCGCAAAGCGUCUCAAUGGCGAUUAUCCGCUUAUUGACUCCGAUCCACACUUCAAACGCGUCGUAGGCUACGCUCGUCCCUCCGACUAUGCCAGCGGUGCUGCUCUGGCCGCCGCAGGCCCAGCUCUCAUGUACUGGUUCGAGCGCAUCUCCCCCUCAGAAGUCGGUCGUGGUGGUUUCGCACAGAUCAUGCGCCUACAAGGCGCCGUUGGAGUCGCCGCUGGAUUCUUCUACUUUUACUCGCGCUCCAUCAACCGCUUCUACGGCUUCUCAGAGAACCGACGCGAAAUCGAGAUGGACAUGCGGGAGAUGACCGAUAAGGUCAAGCGAGGGGAGCCUCUGUACGGACAAACGACCUUGACCGAGUAUAUGCAAGGCGCCGCGUCGCGACAAAGUCGGUACUCGGGUACCUUCCUGCAUGUGAUGCCGUGGUUCAACUUCGUCAACCAUAACCAACACGGCGUGGAUACGGCGAAAUACUACAGAAAUGCAGAGUGGGAGCUGGAGCAGGAGAAGCAAGGGAAGAGCUUGACAGACAUGGCAAAGGAGAAGUAUCAGCAAGCGAAGGAGAAAGUUAGUGCGAAGUAGGCGGGUUGACUAUGCAGUAAGCGGCCAGGAAAGGCUUUUUCUUUAUGUUGUACAACGCUCGCGAAGAAAGAAGCCGGAGCUAUCUAUCAGUGAGAAUGGCGUAGAAAGGGUGGAGUCAAGGAAAUGACGAAAUGUACAGCUUCAACUACCUUUUCGUUACGAAGGGCCUGCGGUGAGAGUACAAACAAUAUGGUGAUUUUGCUGACGAAGAGGCUCAAAAGUGUUGACGUUCAAGUGUGGGCUGCAUAGGUAUGUACUAACAGUUGACUCCGGAGUCUCGAAAUAUGUUCAAGCUGCAAUUAAGUCAAGAUGCGAUUCGGAAGGGGCGGCGCUCAAGCUGCUCGAGGCUUGACUGUACUUGCAUACCCUACGAAACAUACGAGCUGGCGCAUUCAAGUCCGAAUCAUACCACGAUGGCGAUAGAACUCAUUCAAAGCUUUCCAGCGUAGAUCGCUAUCAACGUGCCUCUACUCAACGGACAAUGUACAAACACGACUACUCAAGCAUAUCCGAGAACCC